AUGGAAACUAAAAUUCCGGACAUAACUUUGCUUAAAGUUCCUAAAUUUUUGGCACAUCAAUGGCGAAAUAGUGAAAAUCACUCCAUUAUUGGCAAUUGUAGAAGGAGUGAAUCAGGAGAAUUAGAAGAGCUUAGAGUAAACUGUGAAGGUGAAUUUCGGUUCUUUAAUUGUAGAAAAACUACAUUAUCAAAUCCUGUUGCUGUACAAAUAGAUCCAAAAGCGUCAAGUUUGCGAUUUAUCGGCAAACUCUCAGAAUGUUUGACCAUAUUUCCUUCUCUGGAUCAGGCUUAUAAAAGGAAACUUAAGGAAAGACACAUUUCUGCAAACGUCAAAAAAACUAGGAGCACAACUGAUGAAACUAGGGAGGAUCCAUCUUUUGAUUCUUCUGAAACAAUUUUCAAAUAUUAUAAUCCGAAAACAACGACAGUUGCUGGAUUGAUGUCAGAUGAUGGUUCACGUCCUCUUGAGGAUACUCCUUACAGUCGUGCUAGGGCAAAAAGCAAAAAAUUACCCACAAUGGAUCCUGAUGAGUUAAAACUGAAAAUUUUCAAAAUAUUUGAGUCGGAAGAAGCAAAAGAUGGAAUUCAAUUGAAGAGGGUCGUUCAACUCACUGGCCAACCUUUACAAAAUGUCAAAUCAGCUGUCGAGGAAAUAGCUAUUCAAAAGAGGUAUUUAAGAAACAAAUAUCUAUAUAUUCUUAAACAUUUUAAUUAA